UGUAUAUUAUAAUGUUUAUUCGAGACGAUGCCACGUGGACGUUGACGAUUACGCGCUUUGUAUCCUCUUCCUGCUUCCCUUGGCAUUUGGAGUGGAGAAACUGAAACUGCUCCACCUUCGUUGACUUCUCUGUAUCUUCCCCCACACCGGAAAAUAUGGCUAACCCCAGCGAAACUUAUGACACCUCGCCGGAAUUUUCUGUUACCGGCGAUUACUCCGGCUUCUGCGAUCCUCUCCGGCGUCUAGAUACGGUCCGGAUGCGGAUGGAUUCGCUGCAGAGCUUCCUUGCGGAAACCGUCAACGGAAAUAUCAUCCUCCGCAGGGAUCAGAUGGACGUAAUAUCGUCGGAGAUUUCGGCAGCGAUAGAACAGGUCGUCGUCAAUGGCUCUGCUCUUCUAUCAUGUUUACAGCAGCCUCCACCACCUCCGGAAGCGCCGGCGAUGCCGCCUGGACAGGAUCCGAGUCACGUGUUCCGGAUUCCGAACCCUAGCGAGAAACAGGGCCACGAAAAUCUGGAUGACUACGACGUGAUUGAGCUCGACGCGGUGGAGAUUCUGGCGGAGCACGUCCAUUUCUGUGAGAUUUGUGGCAAAGGAUUCAAGCGCGACGCGAAUCUGCGGAUGCAUAUGCGCGCCCACGGUGACCAGUACAAAACCACGGAAGCGCUGUCGAAGCCGAGGACGCCGACGGAGGUGCUGCCACAUGAUUCGACUGCCGGUCACCGGAAAAUUCUGUUCUCGUGCCCGCACGAAGGCUGCAACAGGAACCAGAGACACAAGCGAUUCCGGCCAUUGAAAUCAGUGAUCUGUGUCAGGAAUCAUUUCAAGAGAAGCCACUGCCCGAAGCUCUUCCCAUGCCACCGUUGCCAGAAGAAGAGCUUCUCCGUCCUCGCAGAUCUGAAAAGCCACCAGAAACACUGCGGCGAGCCAACGGCCGCCUCCACCGCGCGAUGGCGGUGCUCGU